CUUCCCUUCGCGCUUACCGUAGUUAACGCUCGUGAAGAGGCACUUCUUCUACUGACUUUAUGAACCCUUUGUGGUUUUGUUUCGCUGUGACUUCUGUUUCUGCUAGUUCUUGGGCAGGUGCAAUGAACGACUACGAGGUGAUCCGACAGAUUGGGCAGGGUGCGUUUGGAAAAGCCUUCCUGGUCAGAGACAAAGGGGGAGGUGAAAACAAGCAGUGUGUGGUCAAAGAGAUCAGCCUCAGGAAGAUGUCAGCAAGGGAAAAAGAAGCAUCCAAGAAAGAGGUGACAUUGCUGUCAAAGAUGAAACACCCAAACAUUGUCACCUUCAUCAGGUCCUUUCAAGAGGGGGGCAGCCUGUAUAUAGUGAUGGAGUACUGUGACGGAGGAGAUCUGAUGAAGAAAAUCAACAUGCAGAGAGGAGUUUCUUUCACUGAGGAGCAGAUUGUGGACUGGUUCCUUCAGAUCUGUCUGGGCCUCAAACACAUCCAUGACCGGAAGAUUCUCCACAGAGACAUCAAAGCUCAGAAUAUCUUCCUAAGCAGCGGCGGGAUGAAAGCAAAGCUCGGGGACUUUGGAAUUGCAAGAAUGUUGAAUAAUACCAUGGAGCUGGCCAGGACUUGUGUUGGGACACCGUACUACCUCUCCCCAGAGAUCUGCGAGAGUCGGCCCUACAACAACAAGACGGAUAUCUGGUCUCUGGGCUGCGUCCUGUAUGAGCUCUGCACCCUAAAGCACCCAUUUGAGGCCAGCAGCUUGCGACAGCUUGUCAGUAAAAUCUGCAGGGGGCGCUACAGCCCAGUACCCAGCCGCUACUCCUACGACCUCCGCCUGCUGGUCACCCAGCUCUUUAAGGUCAACCCACGGGACCGUCCCUCAGUCAACUCAGUCCUCCAGCGUCCUUUUUUGGAGAAGCACAUCAGCAAACACCUGGACACACAGGUGAUGCAGGAGGAGUUCAGCCACACGGUGUUGCAUAGAAACAAAGCUGCAGGGUCCCAACCAGCUAAAGCAGGAGCAGCAAAUACACAAGGUAAGAUAAAGAAGACUAGAGAAGCUCAGAGGCUUGGAGGUGCCAACAAGAGACUGCCUGCAAGACCAGAUUGGAAAGCCCCCCUCAGAGGCUACACACCCACCUGCCACAAACCCCCUCAUCGUAGAGAAGGACAACUAGCAGCCAACAGAGAGUUUGCAGGGAUCCAAAGGUUUAAUGGUCAGCAGCCUGUCACCCAUUAUCAGCACUACCACGCCCAGCUGGAUGCUUUUCAGAGGAGGAACAAAGAGGAUGUCGUUCCUCCUCCUCAGGAAAGACCAAAGGAGCGAUGUGAAGACCAAGCUGCUCCUCCUGUGGAACCGUAUCAGCUUGUGGCUGCUGCUCGAAACGAAUACCUGCAGAGGAGACGGGAAGCCAACCAGUACAAGCUGAGAGCAGAGAAACAGCUGGGUCUACGUCCAUGUACAGCUGAGCGCAACAGGAAGCCAGGGGGUCAAGAGCAGGAAGCGGGCAGACCUGAAUACCAGGACACGCCCCAGGACAAGAGACAGGAGGGGCAGCAGGAGUACCUGCGUCAGCUCGAUCUCAUUAGAGAGCAGUAUCACCUGGAGAUGAAACAGAUGAGGAUGAGAGCUGAAGCAGAGGCCAAGCCACAACACAAACACGAGACCUUUGUGGUGGAGGGACCCAGGGACACAGAACCACCCGUCGCCAGCAAAGAGCAUCAGAAAGCAGCACCUGCACAGGAUGUUGAAGCAGCUCUGAAGCAGAUCAGAGAGGAGAACAGAGACCAGAGGAGAGCAUUGGAGAGGAAACACAAGGACAAGAGGGGAAUCAUGUUUGAGAUCCGAUUAGAUAAUGAAGAGCUGAGGGAAGACACUGAGGAGGAGAAAGAGGAGCAAGGAGAAAAACAGGAGGACCAGGAAGGGGAUCCACUGAAUCAAACUCUGUCCUUCCAGGAAGGGGAGCAGCUGAAGCUCAAGGAUUGGCUACAGGUGAGGAGGGGGUGGAGCAACAGGACUCCUCAGACUUUGCUGAACGCACUCGCCAACAUGAACGUCAACUCCGUCUACAACACAGCGGUCGAGGCCGGACCAGGUGAGGAGGUGGCAGGCCGCAGGCAGUGGGAUGACGGGCCCCCCAGCAGCCUGCUGAAAGCUCUGGCUCAGGCUGAGCUCACAUCAUCAACUGUGGACUCAGUGACCACAGAUUCAGAGACAAAGGAGGACAGAACAGAGGAGGAGGAGGAUGAGGAGAUUGAGCCAGACAAAGAGGAGAGGAGGGAGGGGGAAGAAGAGGAAGAGUCUGAUGUGGAGAUGGAUGAAGAGCGUCUGGAGCCGAGGUCAGACGAUGACGACACGAACUUUGAGGAGUCAGAGGACGAGCUGAGAGAAGCCGUGGCAGACUCCAUGAGGAACCUGUUCCUCAUGGAGGAAACAAGCUCAGACCAAGAGGAGCAGGAGAAGGAGCCACUGGCUGAUAGGAUGGAGGAGGAGAAGGAUGAAGGUGCAGAGAGCUCUGCAGAGCCUCAACAGAUCCAAGCAGAGGUAUCCAAGUGAAGAAGCAGGAUUGUUCAAGGUCUUCUCAGAGAAGAUACCACAGCCUCAAAUGAGCAGCAUCAGGCUCCAUGAGAGCUGGACCAUAAGAUCAGAGUAACUGGAAUGUGCCUCUACUUCUUAUUUCACGUACAUGCAGUUAAAUAUACUCUGAAGGUCUGAUGCAAUAAAUAAACUAAAAUUAUUCUUUAACAGGAGGCUCACAAAAUGUCAUUUAAAUGAAGACACUGAGAAGCUUUUGUUGUCGGAGUCAUUUCUGAAUGAAAGGCUGUUUUUACAGUGAUUUAAUUCACACUGUUGCCACACUGUUCAUAUUAACAGCUGGAAAUGAUGCUUCAAAAUGUGCAAUUGAACAAAGUGUAGAAGAAGCAGGAAAACAGAUGGAAGCAGUGCAGCGUUUAAAAUAUCAGGCUAGAUAUGAUCUAACAUUUAUAAUUAACAGCAUAUCUUCAUAGAGCGAUUGUGUCAUAUUGCAAAUGCUUUGACUAAACUAAGGACUGCUUGUUAAUUCAGGUUGAUCUUUUCGAGCAACUAGAAAGAACUUUCUGAAUGAUCCAUUUCAGUAAUUAGCCCAGUGGAAGAUGUCAAAUUACAUUAAAAGGAAGCUGAAACCUGAGCACAGAAUAUGAUCUGUAUUUAGCUGCUGUGUGCGUGUGCGUGCGUGCGUGCGUGUGUGUGUGUGUGUGUGUAGCAAAUUAAUAAAGCUGAGCUUAUUUGAAGUCAGGAAAGGAAAGUUGGCAAAAAUGUCAGCUGUACAGCAGAUUUGUUGUUUACUGUUUGUGAUUUGGCCGUGUGUAAACAAGACUGAGUUCAUACCUGUUUAUGCUUUAUCUGCAGCAUAAGUUACCAUGGUGAUGGACCGCAGUAAAAGGUGAAGCAUCUUCAUUAGCCCGAAAACUCAGAGUUAACCCUGAAGUAGGACCACAGGCUAGCAGCACACAACACAUCUGAAGUGUUUCAUGAUUGCAUUUAUUAUAUUAUUUUAUUUAAUUCCAGUUCCCAAGUAAAACAAACUCCAAACAUCCUUUGUACACAGACUUAAAUAGCUCUAAUGCCUCUUUAAAAAUAAAGGUCAGUCAGUCUUUUACAUAUAAUCACAGUUCCAUGCCUGGACCUCACCACAAACAGGAAUUCAACAGCUAAAAACAUUUAAAUAAAGAACGCUUUGGCCAUCACCUCAAACUGAACACGGUGGUUUUAAGUGCCGCUUGUGCUCACAGAAAGCAUUAAAAGAAAUUCUUCAGAAGAAAAAGAAAAAAAAAAAAAAAAUCCACCUUUCCCUUCAUAGACAUUUACAAGCACGCUGCUGACGGCACACCAUUGUAAAAGUAAAAUCAGAACUGUGUCAGUAUUAACUCGACAUAAAUCACUUCUACAUGAGCAAACACGCUGGAAUGUAACUCUUCAAGAAAAAGCUCCCUGGAAUAACUUCUUUAAAAGGAAAACAUUUAGGAAACAGGAGCGUUCCUGUGAGCUCGCUCAGAAUCAGCUCAGUCUCCAGGACACAAGUGUGGCUUAGCUUAGCACAUAAUGGCUGAGCGCUACCAAAAAAGUACUUCAGAGCUGUUUGAUUUACGUGUUUUAUGAGUAUGUAGUUCAGUCCACUUCUCACUUAAGUGAGAUUUUAUUUACCCGUUUUGAUGUGUAUUUUCAGUUCACUGAUCACAGGAAGUUUUAGCUCAUGUGGGGUGAACCCGUUCUGUGGAGAAGAACCAAAGUGAAACAGUAAAGAUGUGUCCAUUGUUGCACCUCCUAAACAAAACCCCGGUGCCUGAAUUGUAUCUGGAGCAGCUGU